GGGAAGCCAAGAUGGCCGCCUCCAUUUGAACUCUCCAGAGCUUCUCGCCUCACGCCCGCCUUUCCUCAGGUGCUGCUCACUCUUCCUCCAGAGUAGGGAAGGAGGGGGGAAUGAGAAGCUGCAGCAGCCGAGGAGUCCCGGUGACCGACUCUGCCGCUGCCCUCGGGGAGCAGCCGGGGCUCGCCGCGCCUGACGCGUCCUGAGUUACUCAGAAAUAAUGUUGAUAUUUGGAACCCAUGUCGAACUUGUAUGAAGACAGGGCAACAAUGAUUGCAGCCGGGGACUUGCAGGAAUUUGCUCCUUUCGGUCGAGACCACUGCAGGCACCACCCUAACGCUCUGAACCUUCAGCUUCGCCAGCUGCAGCCAGCCUCUGAGUUCCGGUCUUCGGAUGGUGCUGCUGGCUUGGUGGGAUCCCUUCAGGAGGUUACAAUCCAUGAGAAACACAAGGAAAGCUGGCAGUUAAGGAAAGGUGUAAACGAAAUUGGAGAAGAAGUGGAUUAUGAUGAGGAACUCUACGUGGCUGGAAAUAUGGUGAUUUGGAGCAAAGGAAGUAAAAGCCAGGCACUGGCUGUUUAUAAAGCGUUUACAGUGGACAGUCCUGUUCAACAGGCAUUGUGGUGUGACUUCAUUGUAUCACAAGACAAGUCUGAAAAAGCCUACAGUAGUGAUGAAGUAGAGAAAUGCAUAUGUAUAUUGCAGAGCUCGUGUAUUAACAUACACAGCAUAGAAGGAAAGGAUUACAUAGCUUCUUUACCUUUUCAGGUUGCAAAUGUUUGGCCCACCAAAUAUGGAUUGUUGUUCGAACGAAGCAGCUCUUCACAUGAGGUGCCUCCAUGUCCACCCAGAGAACCUUUACCGACCAUGUUCAGCAUGCUGCAUCCACUAGAUGAAAUAACCCCACUUGUGUGUAAAUCUGGAAGUCUUUUUGGUUCAUCACGGGUGCAGUACGUUGUAGAUCAUACGAUGAAAAUAGUGUUCCUCAGCACCGAGCCCUCCAUUGUGAUGACCUACGACAGUGUUCAGAGCCUGCACUCUGUGUGGCUUCUCCGGAGAGUCAGAGCAGAGGAAGAGAAUGUUGUUUUAAAGUUCUCCGAACAGGGGGGAACCCCCCAGAAUAUGCCCACGAGUAGCUCCCUCACAGCACACCUCCGAAGCCUCUCCAAAGGAGACUCCCCCGUGGGCUCACCUUUCCAGAAUUACUCCUCCGUCCACAGCCAGAGUCGCUCCGCCUCCUCACCCAGUCUGCACUCGCGCUCUCCUUCCAUCUCCAACAUGGCAGCUCUCAGCCGUGCUCACUCCCCCGCCUUAGGAGCGCACUCUUUUUCAGGGGUGCAGAGGUUCAACCUUUCGAGCCACAGUCAGUCUCCAAGGAGACACAGUGUUUCCCAGUCUCCAAACAGUAAUUCCAACAGCUCUUACCUCACGCCAGAAACAGAGCCAAUUGUUCCCGAACUGUGUAUUGACCAUUUAUGGACAGAAGCGAUCACCAGCAUGAGAGAGAAAAAUUCUCAGGCCUCAAAAGUGUUUAUUACAUCUGACCUAUGUGGGCAAAAGUUCUUGUGCUUUUUGGUAGAGUCCCAGCUCCAGUUACGUUGUGUAAAGUUUCAAGAGAGCAAUGAUAAGACCCAGCUCAUCUUUGGCUCCAUCACCAACAUCCAGGCAAAGGAUGCAGCGCCAGUGGAGAAGAUAGAUGCCAUGCUGGUCCUGGAAAGCAGUGGAAGCCUGGUGCUGUACACGGGGGUGGUUCGGGUGGGAAAGGUGUUUAUUCCGGGACUGCUAGCUCCUUCCCUGACCAUGUGCAGCGCGAUGCCCCGGCCCAGCACACCCCUGGACACCGUGAGCACCCCGAAGCCCCUGAGUCAGCUGCUCGGGUCGUUGGAUGAGGUUGUUCUGUUGUCCCCGGUUCCAGAACUAAGGGAUUCUUCGAAACUCCAUGAUUCUCUGUAUAAUGAGGAUUGUACUUUCCAACAACUUGGAACUUACAUUCAUUCCAUAAGGGACCCUGUCCGUAACAGGGUGACUCUGGAGCUGAGUCAUGGCUCCAUGGUCCGGAUCACUCUUCCUGAAAUGGCCACCUCAGAAUUAGUGCAAACAUGUUUGCGAGCGAUUAAGUUUAUCCUGCCGAAAGAAGUAGCUGUUCAGAUGCUUGUCAAGUGGUACAGUGUCCGCAGCGCUCCGGGCGGGCCCAGCUAUCACUCAGAGUGGAAUUUAUUUGUGAUCUGUCUCAUGAACUUGAUGGGUUAUAACACAGACCGCUUAGCGUGGACAAGAAAUUUUGACUUUGAAGGAUCACUUUCCCCAGUCAUUGCACCCAAAAAGGCAAGGCCUUCUGAGACGGGAACUGAUGAGGACUGGGAGUACCUGCUGAGCUCAGACUAUCACCAGGAUGUGGAGUGUCACCUUUUGAACAGAUCUCUAUGUCUGAGCCCUUUGGAGGUUCCUCAAGUGAAGGAUGAGGACUUGUCACAGAGUCUCAGCCUGGAUUCUUCCACGCUUCUCUUCUCUCACAUACCGGCGAUGUUUUUUGUUCUUCACCUUGUCUAUGAGGAGCUCAAGCUGAACACUCUGAUGGCGGGAGGAAUUCGUUCCCUUGCUGAGCUGCUCGUUCAGUUGGCAAGGGACUUAAGAUUGGAGCCUUACUUGGAUCAUUAUUAUAGAGAUUACCCAACACUUGUCAGAGCCUCUGGACAAGUGUGCACAGUUGAUCCAGGUCAGACCGGAUUCAUGCAUCAGCCAUCAUUUUUCACUUCUGAACCCCCAAGCAUAUACCAGUGGGUGAGCGCCUGUCUGAGGGGUGAGGGAAUGCCACCCUACCCCUACCUCCCUGGCAUCUGUGAACGAAGCCGGCUCGUCGUCUCGAGUAUUGCACUCUACAUUCUUGGUGAUGAAAGCUCUGUUUCUGAGGAGUGCUCCCAGUAUUUAUCCAGAAUAACUCCAGUGCUCCAAAAGUCACAAGCAGAACAAGAGGAAAACAGGUUUAAUUUCAGGCAUUCUACGUCAGUUUCUAAUCUAGCUGAAAGAUUAGUUGUCUGGAUGACGAAUGUAGGUUUCACAUUAAGAGACUUGGAAACUCUUCCCUUUGGAAUUGCUCUUCCCAUCAGAGAUGCAAUUUAUCACUGUCGCGAGCAGCCUGCUUCCGACUGGCCAGAGGCUGUCUGUCUCUUGAUCGGACGUCAGGACCUUUCCAAACAGGCCUGUGAAGGAAACCUACCCAAAGGGAAAUCUGUGCUCUCAUCAGAUGUUCCUUCAGGAACAGAGACUGAGGAGGAGGACGACGGCAUGAAUGACAUGAACCAGGAGGUCAUGUCACUCAUAUGGAGCGAGGACCUGCGGGUGCAGGAUGUGCGGCGUCUUCUGCAGAGCGCGCACCCCGUCCGCGUCAACGUGGCACAGUACCCGGAGCUCAGCGACCACGAGUUCAUCGAGGAGAAGGAGAACAGGUUGCUGCAGCUGUGCCAGCGAACGAUGGCCCUUCCGGUGGGACGAGGGAUGUUCACCUUGUUUUCGUACCAUCCGGUUCCAACGGAGCCAUUGCCUGUUCCCAAGCUCAACUUGACUGGGCGUGCCCCUCCCCGGAACACAACGGUGGACCUCAACACCGGGAACAUCGACGUGCCUCCCAACAUGACCAGCUGGGCCAGCUUCCACAACGGCGUGGCUGCCGGCCUCAAGAUAGCCCCCGCCUCGCAGAUCGACUCGGCCUGGAUUGCAUACAAUAAGCCCAAGCACGCCGAGUUGGCCAAUGAGUACGCGGGCUUCCUCAUGGCCCUGGGCCUGAACGGGCACCUCACCAAGCUGGCCACUCUCAACAUCCAUGACUACUUGACCAAGGGUCAUGAAAUGACGAGCAUCGGACUGCUGCUCGGCGUGUCUGCCGCGAAGCUGGGCACCAUGGACAUGUCGGUCACUCGGCUGCUCAGCAUCCACGUCCCUGCGCUCUUACCCCCAACGUCCACGGAGCUGGAUGUCCCGCACAACGUCCAGGUGGCCGCGGUAGUGGGCAUCGGCCUUGUGUACCAAGGGACAGCCCACAGGCACACGGCGGAGGUGCUGCUGGCUGAGAUAGGGCGGCCCCCGGGCCCGGAGAUGGAGUACUGCACCGACAGGGAGUCCUACUCUUUGGCGGCUGGCUUGGCCCUGGGCAUGGUCUGCUUGGGGCACGGCAGCAAUCUGAUAGGCAUGUGCGACCUGAACGUGCCCGAGCAGCUCUAUCAGUACACGGUCGGCGGCCACCGGCGCUGCCCGGCGGGGACGCACAGGGAGAAGCGCAAGUCUCCAAGCUACCAGAUCAAAGAAGGAGACACCAUAAACGUGGAUGUGACGUGUCCAGGUGCCACUCUGGCUCUGGCUAUGAUCUACUUAAAAACCAACAACAGGUCCAUUGCCGAUUGGCUGCGAGCUCCUGACACCAUGUACUUGCUGGACUUUGUGAAACCAGAGUUCCUCCUGCUUAGGACACUUGCUCGAUGCCUGAUUUUGUGGGAUGAUAUUUUACCAAAUUCCAAGUGGGUUGACAGCAAUGUCCCUCAGAUUAUACGAGAAAAUAGUAUCUCACUCAGUGAGAUUGAACUGCCUUGCUCCGAGGACUUGAAUCUGGAGACUCUGUCGCAAGCACAUGUCUACAUAAUUGCAGGAGCCUGUCUGUCUCUGGGUUUUCGAUUUGCUGGUUCAGAAAACUUAUCAGCAUUUAACUGUUUGCAUAAAUUUGCAAAAGAUUUCAUGACUUACUUGUCUGCACCUAAUGCUUCUGUGACAGGCCCCCACAACCUGGAGACGUGCCUGAGUGUCGUGCUGCUGUCCCUGGCCAUGGUCAUGGCUGGCUCGGGGAACCUGAAGGUGCUGCAGCUGUGUCGCUUCUUGCACAUGAAAACAGGCGGUGAAAUGAACUAUGGUUUCCACUUAGCCCAUCACAUGGCCCUCGGACUUCUGUUUCUGGGAGGAGGAAGGUACUCCCUGAGCACCUCCAACCCCUCCAUCGCUGCCCUGCUGUGCGCGCUGUACCCACACUUCCCCGCUCACAGCACUGAUAACAGGUAUCAUCUCCAGGCCCUGAGGCACCUGUACGUACUGGCCGCAGAGCCACGUCUGCUGGUGCCUGUGGACGUGGACACCAACACACCCUGCUAUGCCCUCUUGGAAGUCACCUACAAGGGCACUCAGUGGUACGAGCAGACCAGAGAGGAGCUGAUGGCCCCCACCCUGCUUCCGGAGCUGCACCUUUUAAAGCAGAUUAAAGUUAAAGGCCCACGAUACUGGGAACUGCUCAUCGAUUUAAGCAAGGGAACACAGCACUUGAAGUCAAUCCUUUCCAAGGAUGGGGUUUUAUAUGUGAAGCUCAGAGCAGGCCAACUCUCCUACAAGGAAGAUCCAAUGGGAUGGCAGAGUUUGUUGGCCCAAACCGUCGCUAACAGGAACUCUGAAGCCCGGGCGUUCAAGCCUGAAACGAUUUCAGCAUUCACUUCUGACCCAGCACUUCUGUCAUUUGCUGAGUAUUUCUGCAAACCCACCGUGAGCAUGGGUCAGAAACAGGAAAUUCUGGAUCUCUUUUCUUCAGUACUCUACGAGUGUGUCACUCAGGAGACCCCGGAGAUGUUGCCUGCGUACGUGGCAAUGGACCAGGCAGUCAGAAGACUGGGAAGGGCAGAAAUGUCCGAGACGUCGGAACUCUGGCAGAUAAAGCUGGUGCUGGAGUUUUUCAGCUCCAGGAGCCACCAGGAGCGGCUGCAGAAGCACCCGAGGCGAGGGCUGUUCAUGAGCUCCGAGUUCCUGCCCGUGGUGAAGUGUGCCAUCGAUAACGCCCUGGACCGCUGGCUGCAAGCUGGGGGCGACGCGUGUGUGCACGCCUACCUCAGCGGGCAGCCCUGGGACGAGUCUCAGCUGAGCAUGCUGGCCUGCUUCCUUGUGUAUCACUCGGUCCCCGCUCCACGCCACCUGCCGCCGCUCGGACUGGAAGGGAGCACAAGCUUCGCCGAGCUCCUCUUCAGAGUGAAACAGCUGAAGAUGCCUGUGCGGGCCCUGCUGAGACUGGCUCCUUUGCUUCUGGGAAAUCCACAGCCAAUGGUCAUGUGACCCUGUCUCCUGGGCAGCCUGCCCUAAAACGUGACUUCUGCCCAAACACGUGACCACAUGGCAAAGCGAAAGAAGCCUUUGUAAGUUUUAUAAUGUGACUGCGGGGAGUGAGCUGCUCAGACGUUGUCUUGUACAGUCCCAGUGUUUUAAAUAUUCCAGGGACUCUGUUGCUGUCAGCACUGACAUAGAUCUGCAAGUGAGUUAACAUUUACUUUUGUAAAUAAAGGUUUUUGCUUUGUUUUCAAAA